UAAGGAUUCCGCCGCCUAGUUUUUACUUCAUGAAUAUUCAAGUAUUCGCUGCGCGCCUCCCAUUUCCUUGCUCCACCCACGGCAAUAUUAGAUAUCUGGAUCUGCGCCGAUGUGACUUAGCUACGAGGCUUCAACGUACUGUCGCUCUCGUUCUUAUGUGGCUAAAGUGGAAAAUAUGCACUGUUUAAGAAGAAACAAUAUUUCAUAUUUUAGUUGGAUCUCGUGCUCUCUUGAGCGCGGUUUCUUGGAAUUGUUUCGACUGUAUCAGUGGUGCUGGAGACCGAAGAUGUGCCAUCGACGUGUACUCGGGUGCAAAAGGGUCUACUUUAUUCUAAAGAUGUUUUUCCUCUGUCCCUACAUUCUCGCUACCAGUAAUAUAAAUGUCUUCGCUGAAAGCAGUCGCAAAGUUUAUCCAAAAGUGCACGAACGCAUCGCAGGAGCCUCUGAGCCAAGAGAAUCGUCGUCUGGUUUUGUCCUUGAGACGUAUCUCAUUCUCGAGAGGGAGCUCGUCAAGCGUGUAAUAAAAGAAGGCAUCAAUGUAGAGGAAUAUGCUGCACUUGUUAUGUCACUGGUGAGCCAGAUCCUGCAACAACUUCAACCUCCUGGGUCGAUUGUUUUGACAGCCCUUGAAACCAACAUUAUCGGGCCGGAUAAUUAUGUGGUCCUUAUGAAUGACAGCAGAGUGGACACUCCCAAGACACUCGAGAAUCUGAGAGAACGGGCAAGGUCAAGCAGUGAAAUGCAGCGUGCCGAUGUCACCAUCUUGCUUGUAGGGCGGGACAUGGCACACAUGAGACCCGACGGUAUGGUAUUCGAGUCAUAUGGCCUUACGUAUACAGGAGCAGCUUGCACUACAUAUAGUGUCAUCGUUGCUGCAGACAACCGGAAGAAGUACACCGGGGCGAUGAGCGUAGCUCAUGAAAUAGGACACUUGUUGGGAUCUUCUCAUGACGGUGCUGAAUCACUGGCGGCAUGCCCACCUGAUGCUGGAACCAUAAUGAGCCCACAGGCAGGGGGUGAAAUUCGCCCUCGAUUCUCUGAGUGCAGCCGGAGAGCCAUCUCAGAAUUUCUUGCGGAUCGCUUACGGGCUAAGUGUUUGUUUGAAGAAAGUGCCAUUAUGCCCACUACAACUCCCACUGAUGUCGCCGUUACCACUGCGGUUCUCACCACUGCCGACGAGGAACAACACGAAAAAAAGAAGAGAAGGAAGUGCAAAAAGUUUAUGACCGAAGGCCAAUAUCUUUUGCAUUUCGAGAUGGCUGAAACCAACAUCACAUGUAAUAUAAUCUGCACUGCUGCCUCAAACGCAUCAGAUGAGCGAAGGGUUUAUGCCGUUGUUGCACCAGAUGGAAUACCAUGCGACAAGUCGGACCCUAAUAAGGUCUGCAAGAAGGGACUGUGCAGAUAGAAUAAGAAUAAAAUCUGAACUGUG